UCUCCUUCUUCAGUUCAUUUCUUCUUUCUCCCUGCUUGCAUGGCGUCCCUUUAUUUCACAACCCCGCAUUUCUCUCAUUUCAAAUCAGCAAAACCAAUCAAAUCUCUCAAUUCAAACGAACCGAUUCAUCUCACCCAAUUCAAUGGAUCCACCACGAAUCAUCAAACUUCGUACAAAUCUUACUUUCACGCCAUAUCUUCACUUUGCAAAGAUGGCCAAAUCCAACAAGCUGUGGACUUACUCACCGAAAUGGACUCCAGAAAUAUACCAGCUGGACCUGAAAUAUACGGUGAAAUCCUUCAGGGUUGCGUUUAUCAAAGAGAUCUUUCCACAGGUCAGCAACUCCAUGCUCAAGUUCUAAAGAACGGUGCUUUCUUUGCAAGAAAUGAGUAUAUUGAGACAAAGUUGGUAAUUUUUUACGCAAAGUGUGGUGCUUUUGAUAUUGCUAAUGAUCUGUUUAGUAGGUUGAGGGUAAAGAAUGUGUUCUCUUGGGCUGCCAUUAUAGGACUGAAAUGUAGAAUUGGGUUAAAUGAAGAGGCUUUAAUGGGGUUUCAUGAGAUGCAAGAAAAUGGGUUAUUGCCUGACAACUUUGUCGUCCCUAAUGCAUUAAAAGCUUGUGGUGCUUUGUUAUGGCUUGGGUAUGGGAAAGGGGUUCACGGGUUUGUGGUGAAGGUGGGUUUCGAUGGGUGUGUCUUUGUUGCAAGUAGUUUGAUUGAUAUGUAUGGCAAGUGUGGGGCUUUGGAGGAUGCCAGGAAAGUUUUUGAUGGUAUGAUUGAGAGGAAUGUAAUAGCUUGGAAUUCGAUGAUCGUUGGGUACAUUCAGAAUGGGAUGAAUGAGCAGGCUAUUGGGGUGUUCCAUGAUAUGAGAGUGGAAGGUGUGGAACCUAGUCAGGUAUCCAUAUCGAGCUUUUUAUCUGCUUCGGCUAAUUUAGGUGCAAUAGGUGAGGGAAAACAGGGGCAUGCCAUUGCUGUCGUACGUGGAUUUGAAUUUGACAGCAUUUUGGGUAGUUCUGUUCUAAAUUUUUAUUCCAAAGUUUGUUUGAUUGAGGAUGCCGAGCUAGUUUUCGAUAGGAUGCUUGAAAAGGAUGUAGUAACUUGGAAUUUGAUCAUUUCUAGUUACUUGCAUUGUGGUUUGACUGAUAAGGCACUCGAUAUGUGUCAUCUGAUGAGAUCCGAAAAUAUGAGAUUCGAUUGUGUGACUCUGUCAUCUAUAUUGGUUGCUGCUGCCAAUUCGAGCAAUAUAAAGCUUGGAAAAGAGGGUCACGGUUAUUGUAUUAGGAACAGCCUUCAGUCUGAUGUUGUUGUUGCUAGUAGCAUUGUAGAUAUGUAUGCCAAAUGUGGAAGAAUUGAUUAUGCCGUACAAGUAUUCUGUUCCACAACUAAAAAAGAUAUCAUACUAUGGAACACAUUAUUGGCUGCUUAUGCCAGAGUUGGCCAUAGCGGUGAGACCUUGAAGUUGUUUUAUCAGAUGCAGUUAGAGAGUGUAACACCAAAUGUAACAUCGUGGAAUUCUUUGAUUCUAGGGUUUGUUAGGAAUCGCCAGGUAACUGAGGCUAAAGAGUUCUUCUCGCAGAUGCAAUCCCUUGGUGUCCACCCUAACCUUAUAACCUGGACGACUCUUUUAACUGGUUUGGCUCAUAAUGGUUUUCACUAUGAGGCGCUAAAGAUUUUUCAAGAAAUGCAAGAAUCUGGGAUCAAACCCAACACUAUAAGCACCAGCAGUGCACUCUCAGCUUGCACAAAUGUGACAUCAUUACAGCAUGGGAAAGCAAUUCAUGGAUACGCUAUAAGGCACGACCUUGGCUCACAGAUCUCUAUUUCAACAGCUUUAGUUGACAUGUAUGCUAAAUGUGGAUGUCUAAGUCGAGCAAAGAUGGUGUUUGAUAAUAUCGCAAGCAAGGAAUUGCCUGUUUAUAAUGCAAUGAUUUCUGCUUAUGCAUUACAUGGUCAAGCUGGAGAAGCUCGUGCAGUGCUUAGAAAUCUAGAGGAAGCUGGUGUAGAACCGGAUGGUAUAACAUUUACAAGUGUCCUAUCUGCAUGCACCCACACCGGGCUUGUAAAUGAAGGUUUGGAGACUUUUGUUGACAUGGUUUCUAAACAUCAUUGCUCACCAAGCAUGGAGCAUUAUGGAUGUUUAGUUAGUCUUCUUUCUCAAUCAGGACGUGUAGAUGAAGCUUUCAGGCUUAUUCUCACAAUGCCAUAUGAGCCAGAUGCAGAAAUAAUCGGAACACUUCUUGCUAAAUGCAGAAAGCAUAAUGAGAUUGAACUUGUGGAGCAGUUAUCAAAGUAUUUACUAGAAUUGGAACCAGAUAAUUCAGGUAAUUAUGUGGCAAUUUCAAAUGCAUAUGCUGCUGCAGGAAGGUGGGACGAAGUAUCCAAAAUAAGGGAUUCAAUGAAAGAAAAAGAUUUAAAGAAGAGCCCCGGGUGCAGUUGGAUUCAAGUAGGUGAAAAACUUCAUUCCUUUAUUGCUGGUGAUGGAUCACACCCCAGUACAGAGGAAAUACAAGCUACACUGGAUUUAUUGGGAACUGAUAUGAAUUCCAGUGCUUAAAAAUCAGAUUCGUAGGUAAAUAUUAAGUGCUCCAAGGAGACUCAAAAGAGGGUCAGAUUUAACUGAAAAGAAGCAAACAACGGGUACUUUUGCUUCGCAUCAAGAAUUGACCAGAAUGUUCAGCCUGGAAUGCGUCACCGAGAUGUUGAUGCAGAUUCAUCUGGAUUACCUGGCUGGAUAGAGCUAGCCGCACUAAACAUGUUGAAAGGAUGGAGAAUACACCUCGACUCAGUUUAAUCUGUACAGCAACUUGCAAAAAAACCCAAGGUGUUUCUGUUCAUAUUCAGAAA